AUAAUUUCUGCUCCCAGCUAUUGAGAGGAUCAGCUGCCGAAGAGUUUUGGAUUUUCAAUCGCGAGAUUAAACAUAAACUAUAUAUCCAAACAUUUGAAUAAAUAACAUUGUUUACAAUUGGAGAAAUUUAUAUUUUUAUAUGGCUACUGUUGAAGAAAUUGAUAUCUUAGACAGCGGUAUGGGAAGCAGUGACAUUAGGUCGCCAGAAGUUAAGUCCAUUCUUCCUGGAGACGAAGAGGAUGAGGAGGAUGAAAGUCUUGUGGAGAGACUCAUAGGACUGACUGAAAUGUUCCCGGAAGAGGUCCGAAACUUCGGAUACAAUGUUGGAACUGGCGUAAAGACAUGUGUCAAAGGUCUUUAUGGACUCUCCUGUUCCGCUACUUGGAUUUUCUUCAGUUCCUCUGCAAUCCUUUUCGCUCCUGUGAUUUUCGAGGUUGAACGAGCCCAGAUGGAAGAAGCACAACGUUCUCAACAAAAACAAGUACUUCUCGGGCCGAACACUGCAAUAUCUAACAUGGGCAACCUUGGAAUGCCUAUGGCUCCUCCUGUUUAACAAUAAAAGUCGAAAAAAUUGUGUCCGUACCUAUUGAAGCAUUUAUCAAACUCCAAAAAUUAUUGAAACACCGUUUACGUUUUGAAAAACUUCGAACAAUGUCCGAAAUAUAAUUACAAUUCAUUAACUAAUUAACGUAAUGGUAAUACCUAGCGAUUCGUAAAGCUCUCCUCACCAAUCCUAUAUUGUGAAAAUUUUCAAAGCGUUCUCCUGUCUUCUUUUCUUUUUUUCCUUGAAGUAAAAAAAGACUGGAAAAAUAA